AUUACAAAAAUAUGAUAUGAGGAGAAGAGGAGCCAUCUCUCGGAGGUAUGAAAUCCUCCCUUUUCUCGCUUAUCUACUUCCGCCGAUAAGUGACACGAUGCAAGAUAAGGUAGCUCUCCACGCAACCAAACCAGCCCCCUUUUUCCCAUACGAAUCAAACUAUCCAGCAGAAUGACCAGUGGCAGGCAAGCAUCUCACCAAAAUAUUAGUGAAAGGAGGCCUCUGUCUCAUUUUUCUCUGGACCGAAGAACUUGCGUAAUCCGUUGUACUUCCACUUCACGAGAAUUCAUUUACGUCAUGCAUCCAAAAAAAAAUAAGUUUCCGAAAUUUUGUCGGAAAAUUUUCUUAGGAAAUUUCCCAAAACGUUUUAUUUAACAAUGUUAUAAAAAACAGAUGAUGCUGAUGAAAUCUCUUGAUUCGAGAAGAAAGGAGACCUCACUCUUGGAGGAAGGGGGAGGGUGUCAAUUUAGCCAGAAUUUAAGUAACUUAACGAACAUUGCACAAGAAACUCGAGCUGAUUGACCAGUGGCCGCGGAAGCUGUGGGGACAUUAACAUUGUAGGGACGAGUUUGUAUAAGGCAGAUGAUGCCGACAUCGAACAACCGUUGGGACAUUGUCCCCUCAAGCUUCCGCGGCCACUGUGUGAUUGACCAUACUAUUUACAUUUAGCCAUUAUACAACGUCCUCCAGUCCUGGUAAUAAAUUUGCUCCUUUUUUAAUAUAGUAGUAAAGUAACUUGGUAAGUAAGUACUGGUGAAAAUUGUUGUGAGUGAUGUGAUGAUGGAAUUAACGGUGAUCUCACUCAUACUGCAUACAUAUUUAGCUUGAGAGAGAUGAGAAUGAUGAGAUGAGACGACCAACUAACAACAUUAUUCUCGUUUUCAUUUCAUCAUCAUCAUCAACAUUGAAAUGAGAGACGACCAGUUUAUUUAAGUAUGUAUCUUUUCUGUGAUGAACUGAACUGCUGGACAUUACAUCAUUACUUGAGCCAAUGUUGCAUUGCAGUUUCUUUGAGUUCAUAAUUAAAGUUAAGUACUUGGUAAUGUAAUGUUGUGAAGAAAUGGUGUAGAAAAGUAUGAGUCACAUAAGAGCCGAGGUGCAAGUUGACACCAGUCAGUGGUGUCAAGUUAGUUAAUGAAGGAAAAGUAAUACGAUCUCAAAAUAGGGAUGAUUUUAUUUUAUUAUUUUACUUCCCACAGAGGUUAUGUGAUGAAGAUUUCAUGCAAAGUUGUCAUUAUUUUUAUGCAAUGCAGACAGAGUAGAUCGAUUGGUCAAGUUAUGUAUAUGCAUAUGCAACGCCGUCUCAAUUUCCCAGAGAUGGUUUUAUAGUACUACCUGAAAACUGGGUGACGAUAACAAUUAGCUUAUCCAAACAAUGAUAACGACUAUUAUAUGCAAAUCUUUAUAGAUCCAGAAUUUCUUCUAGCUACUACUUUGUUGUUUUAAAUACAAUUUUUGUACUGUAUUUAGUCAUUUAACUUAUCUUGGCUAAUCACGGGUUACAAAAUUGAACUUUUAUGACCAUAUUUACAAUUCACAUUUCCAGGAAAUCAAACAUUUUUACCGUUUCCAUAUUUAUUCACACGUAUUCUUUGAAUCCGUACAAGUGCACACGUCAGAAGAACAUGUGUACAUAUGAAUGCUUAAUCAAUUUUAAAAGUCAAGAAUUCCAAGUAUUAUUAUUAUAUUUUUCGCAACAAAUGGUGGAAUAAUGAAAAUGAUAAGUUCGCAAAAAGGUGGGAUGACAUUAAAUUUGCACAGGGAUUUGCAAAGCGAUGCACGUACGUAUGCAAAAAAAAAUAACAAGUGAAUAUUUAGCAUAGAUCACGAGAUAAGGAUGAAUCUGCAUUUCGAUGGUACGGAUAAUAAUAAAAGGGAAACUCGUACCCAAUCUGGAUAACAUUUUGGUGUAGACUUUUACAGGCUGAAUAUUACAUAAUUUUUGCAUAAUGGCUCAUAGAAUCGUGACCGUCUUUCUUCUCGGACUUGUUGCAGAUGCCAGCGCCAUGACUCACGCUCAAGCCAUGACAAGAUUGACUGCUGCUGGAAUGUCGGUCACCUCGUCGGGCGGUUGCAGUGAUCGUAACAACCCAACGUGCACAUCUUUCGAAGGCGUCCGAGAGAAUACCAUUGCUGGGUUGGAAACGCUCAAGAGAGCGUCGGCGUGUCCCAUAAAUGUCACCGGAGGGACAGAGACGGGUCAUGCCUCCGGAACUUAUUCCCACUGGAACGGAUACAAGGCGGACAUUUCUCUCAACGCCUGCAUCAACAGCUAUGUGACAAACAGCUUCACCUACAUUGGCGACCGAGGCGACGGUGCCCCCAUGUACCAGAGUGCGGCUGGCAACAUUUACGCCAAAGAGGGCAACCACUGGGACAUUUUGUACUAUUGAACAAAUCAAUCUGACAGAUCACAGAUUAUUUAAUCAAUUACAUGAAUGUCCUUCAGAAACCAAUUGACAUAUUUUUUCGCCAGCUCGCGACUGUGAUAAGUAUAUAACACUAAAUUUAUUAAUAUCCAUUACCAAAAUAACUUCAUUGAAUAUGAUACUUGAAAUUGUUGGAUUAUUUUCAUUGGAAAAAUUAAACCCCAAAAUAUUCGUACAUAAUUGCACAUGUACUUUCAUGUAAUGAAAUAAAUCAUUUACUUUUUUUA